AUGGCACCGAAAGCGGAAAAGGGCCCCGUAAAGGUGGCCAAUUGCUCUGGGUUCCAUGGCGAUCCCGCAUACGAGAUGUACCGGCAAGCGACCCUGGGAGAUGUUGACUUUAUAACUGGCGACUACCUCGCAGAGGUUAAUCUCGCCAACAAUGCCUUGGCUUGGAGAAAUGGGAAGCAUCCUGGAUACGAAGAGACAGCCUGGGAAGGACUUCGACAAACGAUCGACAUCAUUGCUGAGAAAGGUAUUCGAGUGGUCAUUAACGGGGGCGCCCUAGAUCCUAAAGCUUUGGCUCUGAGAACGAAAGCCCUGGUUGAUGAAAAGAAUCUCAAUCUUCGUGUUGCGUUCCUGUCUGGUGAUGAUUUGUAUCCUCUAGUGGGCCCGAAUAUGCCCACUACGAAAGAGGGGCUGCUUCAUCUUGACUCAGGAAACCCUUCCAUAGUUCCAUCAGACCUCACCUAUGCAUUUCUGAAUACCAAAGAUGGAACCCCAAUUCCGAUGGUAUCCGCACACGCAUACUUGGGAGCUCGUGGGAUCGUCAAUGGUCUACGAAGAGGCGCCGAUAUCAUCAUCUGUGGCCGAGUGUCAGACGCCAGUCCCGUUAUUGCUGCAGCUUGGUUCUGGCAUAACUGGUCUGAAACCAAUUAUGACAACUUGGCAGGUGCCUUGAUUGCAGGACAUCUUAUUGAAUGCUCUGCCUACGUGACUGGAGGUAACUUUUCCGGCUUUGAAAAGUACCCCUCAGAUAACCUUGUUUCUCCGGGUUUCCCAAUUGCAGAGAUCAGUGGUGAUGGGAGUUGCAUCAUCACUAAGCAUCCUGGUACACAAGGCAUGGUAAAUGUGGAUACUGUUCGGUCUCAGUUCUUGUACGAGUUACAGGGAACAACGUACCUGAACAGUGAUGUCAGUGCUCAUAUUGCCAAUGUACAGGUGAAAGAUGUGGGAGAAGAUCGUAUCCGCGUUACUGGAAUUCGCGGUAGUCCACCACCAUCGACCACCAAAUUUGCCGUCUUCUAUCAAGGCGGCUAUGAAGCGCAGAUUCUGCUCAAUGCGACAGGCUAUGCCACUACCAAGAAAUGGGAUCUCAUCGAGAAGCAAAUUCGUCAUUUCCUUCCAGAUGAAGCGAAGAAGGAGCUUGAGACUCUUGAAUUUCAGAGAGUGGGAACUCCUUCCCCAAAUCCGGCUUCUCAAUUGGAGAGCACAACGUAUCUUCGAAUCUUCGUCGCAUCUCCUAAUGAUAAAGCCGUCUUAGCGGUAGUUCAGGCCCUGAGGAACAUUUCUCUAAAGCACUUCUCAGGCUUUCAUCAAUCAACGGAUCUCCGCACUGCCCUUCCUCGGCCCUUCCUCGCCUAUUACCCCGCGCUAAUUAAACAGUCCCAAAUUCCUGAGACGAUCAACUUCAUCGAUGGCCCCAGCACAAUUCACACCUACGAGACAGGUCACUCUCCGCGAUAUGAAGAGCUUGGCGUUCGGGAAAACUACGACACUAAGGCUCCAGAGAACUUUAAUGGCCCGUUCAAACAGAUGAGACUUGGGGAUAUCGCUCUCGCUAGGUCGGGAGAUAAGGGUGGAAAUCUCAACGUUGGCUUCUUUGUCACAAACCCGGCUCACUGGUCCUGGCUUCGGACUUACAUGAGCAGAGAUUGCAUGCGUGAACUUCUCUCGAAUGACUGGAAGGAUAGCUUCUUCAUCGAGCGCGUUGAGUUUCCUCACAUCCAUGCUGUGCACUUUGUGGUCUAUGGUAUUCUGGGGCGUGGUGUGAGCAGCUCUAGUCGCUUGGAUGGUUUUGGCAAGGGGUUUGCGGACUAUAUCCGAGAUAAAGUAGUUGAUGUGCCAUUGGAGAUUUUUGAGGACUAA